AUGCCCAAACGCGGCGGCGGCAAGUUCAGCCGCAAGAACCAGGCGGCUCGCGCCUCGGCGUCUGGCAGCACAAACACCACACCACAUCCACAAUGGCAGCAACAUCCAUACGAUCAACCACACGGCUACGAUCAAGCAUACCACGGCUAUGACUACAACCAACAGCACCCAUACGGCCAGUCGAACGGAUGGCAAGCGCCUCAGUAUGCACAAGGUGGUUACUACGCAGAUUACCCAGACUACGGCGCGUAUACGAACCCAGUGGCGCAGGUCCAACCUUAUGCGCAGGGCUGGGGGCAACCCUACGCCCACGACUGGCACAACCAUGCGCAUGGCCGAGGUGCGUCCAGCGACAACUGGCGAGACCGCUCCUACCAGCAAGCUCCCCAGCCGUACCCGCAAGAGUACCCGCCCCAGCAUGCCUGGCAACACCACGCAGCAUAUAAAGCGGACGCUUUGGGCUACUAUGAAAAUGGCUUCGGCUCCAACCAGCGCCACUUUCAUUCCUCUUCAGCCGCUCCCGGCGGGCCCGGCGGUCCUGCACGCAGACACGACAGACGCUCACGCUCCCCAAGUGGGGCUGUUGAAUCGCAAGUCACGGGCGCUCCACGUGGCCCUGCAGCCAUGCUUCUCAAGUCGGCCAUCCGUGCCGAGCCGCGCACCGAGUAUCUAGACCAGGCGGCUGCCGGAUCGACGCUGCUGUCCGACGAAGAGGCGGCGCGACGCAAGCUUCUCGUGGUGCUCGACCUCAACGGCACGCUCGUCUUCCGCGCCAAGGGCAGCAAUGGCCGCGCCAUGGACUCGGUGCGCGCCAUACCGCGGCCGUAUCUGCUCUGCUUCCUCCAGUACUGCCUGGGCAUGUCGAACGAAGCACCCGCUUCCGACGUCGCUUCGCCCGCCAGUGCAGCGUCGGUGGAGGCGAGAAAGGGUCCGCACGGCUCGCACUUUUGGCACGAUGGGCACGAACCCGAAUCGCACGGCAAUGCGCAUGUGGUGGUGUGGUCGUCAGCUCAGCCGGCCAAUGUGGAUAGCAUGGUGCGCGCGUCGUUCGACGCCGAGGUGCGCGCGAGCAUCCUACGCGUGUGGGCGCGUGACACGCUCGUUCCCCGCCGCCACUUCCACCACAAGGCUCAGAGCGUCAAGGACCUCGAGAUCGUCUGGGCCGAGCUCAAUGCGUCUGCCAACGGCAAACCCAGCCCUGGUCGACUGCUGGCCGAUGCAAGGGACCAAGCCGACCAGCUUCUGCCGGAUGAGUCGUCCCCCGCCGCCCCUGCUUCGAACGGCGCCAAGUCUCGUGCCAAGGUGAAGCAGAUCUCAGCGGCGCUCGAGGCGGCGAAGCAGGCCGAGGCCCUGGGUCCGUGGAGCGCCGCCAACACGGUGCUCGUCGACGACAGCGUGGCCAAGGCGCGUCUACAGCCGCACAACCAUCUGCUCAUCCCCGAGUUCGGCAAGAAGGACGCCCAGAUGAUGCGCGCCUUUAUCCGGCAGUGUCUCGCUGCUGCCAAGCCGCACGAUGCCGAGGAGCAGGGUGAGGACGAUGUUGAGCUCGAGUACGACUCGGACCUCUCGAUCGCCAAUGGCAGCAAGGACGAGAAAGAAAAGAGCGAGGUGGAGGAAGAGGGUAAGGCCAAGAAGAAGCCCGUGCCCGAGAGCAGGCUGGACGACGUGCUGCUGCAGACCAUCGGCGUGCUCGACACGCUCCGCCACCAGUCCAACGUGAGCGCCUUCAUCUAUGCCGGCGGCAUCAAGGGCUACGGCGAGCCCAAGACCGCAAAGAACGACCAGCAGCGUCACGAGUUGGUGCAGCAGGGGAAAACGCCCGAGCACUGGGCGAGCGUCGGCCGCAAAGCCUGCGAGAGCAUGGGCUUCCCAGUCAAGGCUUGGACGCCCAGCGCAGCCGCUUCCGCCACUGCUGCACUGCUGUGCUAG